CAUAAACCUCUGUUCCUCCUUUGAAACAGAGAAUGAAUCCACCGUAGGCAGUUACAAUCGGAUAACAUCGUCGUCUACACCGUCUUCAAGUCGGAGGAAUCUUCCAAUUGCAAGUAAGUAAUAAUCGCUUCUCAAUUUCCAUUAUCAUCCUAUCUACAUACUCAGUAGUAAAACUAUGGAUUCAGUUAUACACACCCAACAUUUUUACUCAUUUCACUACCACUCUCACAAACAAGCUUCUACAACAACUCGUUGCUUCAGAACUAAAAAACCUUUCAUUUUUUCUUCUCAUAAUUUUGCAAAACUCAAAUGCAAUAGUUAUAGUAAAAAUUAUGUCCCCAACGGUAAAUCACAACAAAACCAUAAAGGGAAUUCCAAUAGUAUACAAUCAUCCCCAAACGGUGCAACAAAUUUAGAGGAGAUAGAGAACAAUAAUCAACUCCGUAAAUUCGUUAAAAUUGGUGAAUUAGAUGAGGGGUUUAAGUUUCUUGAGCGAAUGAGUUUCAAAGGAGGCAUUCCCGAUGUAUUUGUUUGCACAAAUCUCAUUCGUCAGUUUUGUAAAACCGGCAAAACUAAGAAAGCUACACGAGUCAUGGAAAUUCUAGAAACUUCCAAUGUGGUUCCUGAUGUUAUAGCGUACAAUGUUUUGAUCGAUGGUUAUUGCAAAUCGGGGGAGAUAGAGAAAGCUUUGCAGCUUCUAGAACGGAUGAGUGUUUCGCCUGAUGUGGUCACUUAUAAUACGAUUUUGCGUAGUUUGUGUCAUAGGGGUAAAUUAAAGCAAGCUAUGGAAGUUCUUGACAGGCAGCUACAAAGGGGGAUUUAUCCCAAUUUGAUUACGUACAAUAUAUUGAUAGAGGCGACUUGUAAAGAGAGUGGAGUUGGUGAGUCGAUGAAGUUAUUGGAUGUGAUGAAGAUUAAAGGAUGUAAACCCAACGUGAUUACUUUCGGUAUUCUUAUCAAUGGGAUUUGCAAGGAAGGUAGGUUGGAUGAAGCGAUUAAGGUUUUGAGUGACAUGACAUCUUAUGGUUGUGAACCGGAUGUGAUCGUCCAUAAUACCAUUUUGCGUAGCUUGUGUGAUACUGGACGAUGGAGGGAUGCCGAGAGCUUACUGGCUAACAUGCUUCGUAAGGGUUGUUCUCCUAGUAUUGUUACUUUCAAUAUCUUGAUUACUUUCUUGUGUCGAAAAGGUUUGCUCGGUAGGGCCAUUGAUAUCUUGGAGAAGAUGCCGAAGCACGGCUGUACUCCAAAUUCAUUGAGUUACAAUCCAUUGCUUCAUGCAUUUUGUCAAGAAAAAAAGAUGGAUAGAGCAAUUGAGUAUUUGGAAGUAAUGGUGUCUAGGGGUUGUUACCCGGAUAUUGUGACCUACAAUACUUUGGUUACUGCUUUAUGCAAAGACGGGAAGGUGGACAUUGCUGUUGAGUUGCUGAAUCAGUUGAGUAGUAAAGGGUGCUCUCCUAAUGCAAUUACUUAUAAUACCGUUAUUGAUGGACUUUCAAAGGUAGGGGCAACUGAGCAUGCUGCAGAACUUUUGGAUGAGAUGUGUAGGAAAGGUCCUGAACCUGAUGUAAUUACAUAUUCUUCAGUGAUUGGGGGAUUCAUUCGUGAGAGAAAGGUUGAUGGUGCUAUCAAAAUUUUCCGUGACUUGGAAAGAUCAGGCAUUAGGAUCAAUGCUUUCCCUUACAACUCAAUCAUGUUGGGACUCUGUAUGGCUCGGCAAACUAGUAGUGCUAUUGAUCUAUUGACCCAUAUGAUAGAUAAAGGAUGCAAACCUACUGAAGCUACAUAUACCAUUCUUAUUAGAGGCAUUGUUUAUGAAGGAUUAGAUGAGGAGGCUCUGGAGUUGUUUAAUGAGUUGUGCUCCAGAGGAUUUGUGAAGAAAAGUUCUGUAGAAAAGUUACUAGUCAAUAUAUAGGAUGGAUAAAAUGCAUUUAUUUACAUUAGACUUUGUUAGAUCCCUUAUGUUAUCGACUUCUUGCCCUGAAUCUAGCCAUAUUUAAUUCUAAUUUAUAUUUUAAAUUGCUUGAGUGAUGAAUAAUAUGGUCGCAUAUAAAGUUAUAUAAAGUUAUUUAAAUAUCAUCCUUUUUUGUACAAA